AUGUCGGAACAAGCCGCUCUAGAGGAACUUGUCAAGAAAAGACGAGCAAGACACAACCGUCAACUGAGUCAUGUACAAUUCAUAAAACGCACACAAAGAACAGAAAAAUGCCCACCAAGUUUGAUUAUACCCAUAGAACAACAGCAAGAAGAACAAGCACCUGAGGAAAAGAAUAAUAAAGACGAAUGCAACAUAUUUCGAUACAUUUCUAUUGAACCAUCAACCGAAAACGACCAUUGGCCACUCUUUAGCUGGUUGUGGCUAGUUAUCUUGAUUAUCUUGUUUUCAGGUGAGCUUUUGCUAAACAGACAAACCUCAGGGGAAUUUUUUGAACUGUACCCCCUCAACAGUAUGUUUGGACCCUCGAUUGAGACCAUGAUCCAGACAGGUGCGAGAUUUGCGCCCUGUAUGAAGCCCGUCAGUACCAUGCCAACAGGUCAACGAUAUAUCUGCUUGAACACAACACUAAUGAAUGAAACACUCAGUCUCCUUGCUCCUUCAUCGCCUGCCCUCUUUAACACUAGUUGCUCGCUUGAGACCAUUUGCGGAAUGACACCCUUUCGUCAGCCGGGUGUGCCUGAUCAAGUCAUCAGGUUUGCGACUCCCUUGGUUCUUCAUACUGGGCUAGUCCAUCUAUGCUUGGAUGGAGCGAUCUUAUUAAUCAUAAGCGUUAAGCUCGAACAAGCGAUUAAUUCACUUCGAACAUCACUUUUAUUUAUCUGCUCUGGCAUAUUUGGACAUGCUCUUGGAGCAAAUUUUGCAGAGCCUCUGACCGCGUAUCUUGGUUGUAGUAGUUCGCUCUUUGGUUAUUUGGGGUAUUUGUAUAUUGACUUGCUAGUUCAUUGGAAUAGUACAAAGAAGAAGUUACAACAUUUUGUAAAACUCUUUUUGGUAACCUUUGCUUGCUUUCUGCUUGGUUUAUUGCCAGGAGUGGAUAGCUAUUCUCAUCUGGGUGGGCUUGCAUCUGGUAUCAUCCUAGCCUUCUUUCUUAUGCCGAUCAAGGAAAAGGCACCCAAUUUAAAAAAACGAAUUAUAGUAUAUUUUGCCAGAUUAUGCAGCCUUUGUAUUUAUGGAAUAUUAUUAGGAAUUUUAAUUCGUCGUUUUACUAUCAUACAAUAAACUGGUUGUUGAAGGACAGAGGAAAGAAGAGGGGAGGGGAGAGGGGGAAGCUAUUUUUUUGGUUAGUUGCAGCAUUGAUAUG